GUAGGCUCCAAGAUGCCAAAGUCUGGGCCAGGUCUGAGCUUGUGACUCCCCUACUCAGCCUCCCAAGUGCCUGGAUCACAGUCUCCCUUGCAGAUCGAGCGUGAGGACUGCGCAGCUGGCUUCCCCUAGUAUGGCCAAUGAAGAGGAUGACCCAGUCGUACAGGAGAUCGACGUGUACUUGGCCAAGAGUCUGGCAGAGAAGCUCUAUCUGUUUCAGUACCCUGUGCGUCCUGCUUCGAUGACCUACGACGACAUUGCGCACCUCUCGGCCAAGAUCAAGCCCAAGCAGCAGAAGGUGGAGAUCGAGAUGGCCAUCGACACCCUGAAUCCCAACUACUGCCGCAGCAAAGGGGAGCAGAUCGCACUGAACGUGGAUGGCGCUUGCGCAGACGAGACCAGCACAUACUCCUCGAAGCUGAUGGACAAGCAGACUUUCUGCUCUUCCCAGACUACCAGCAACACGUCCCGCUACGCAGCUGCGCUCUACAGGCAAGGUGAGCUCCACCUGACGCCUUUGCACGGCAUUCUGCAGCUGAGGCCCAGCUUCUCCUACCUGGAUAAGGCUGACGCCAAGCACCGUGAGAGGGAAGCAGCCAAUGAGGCUGGGGACUCUUCUCAGGACGAGGCAGAGGAGGAUGUGAAGCAGAUCACGGUGCGGUUCUCGCGGCCAGAGUCUGAGCAGGCCCGCCAGCGCCGCGUGCAGUCCUACGAGUUCCUGCAGAAGAAGCACGCGGAAGAGCCUUGGGUCCACCUGCACUACUACGGCCUGAGGGACAGCCGCUCGGAGCAUGAGCGCCAGUAUCUGUUGUACCAGGGCUCAAGUGCGGUGGAGAACACGGAGCUUGUCAAGUCGCCCAGCGAGUACCUCCUGAUGCUCAUGCCGCCCAGCCAGGAAGAGGAGAGAGACAGACCUGUGGCCCCCAGCAACGUGCUGUCCAUGGCCCAGCUGCGCACGCUACCGUUGGCUGAGCAAAUCAGGAUCCUGAUGAGGAAUGUGAAGGUCAUGCCCUUUGCCAACCUGAUGAGCCUCCUGGGACCCUCCGUGGACUCCGUGGCUGUUCUGCGAGGCAUCCAGAAGGUGGCGAUGUUGGUCCAAGGAAACUGGGUGGUGAAGAGUGACAUCCUCUACCCCAAGGACUCGUCCAGCCCGCACAGCGGUGUCCCUGCCGAGGUGCUGUGUAGGGGCCGAGACUUUGUCAUGUGGAAGUUUACCAAGAGUCGCUGGGUGGUAAGAAAAGAGGUGGCAGCGGUGACCAAACUCUGCGCCGAGGACGUGAAGGAGUUCCUGGAGCACAUGGCCCUCGUGAGGAUCAACAAAGGCUGGGAGUUCAUCCUGCCUUACGACGGGGAGUUCAUCAAGAAGCACCCGGAUGUGGUCCAGAGGCAGCACUUGCUGUGGAUGGGCAUUCAGGCCAAAUUAGAAAAAGUCUACAAUCUUGUAAAGGAAACUGUGCCAAAGAAGCCAGAUGGACUAUUGGGGCCUGCUGGGCUGGUCUCUGGGGACCAGCGGGUCCAGGCAGCCAAGGCCAACGCUCAGCAGAACCAUGACUUCCUGGAGCAGGAGCUGCAGCAGCGCAAGGAGCAGCUCCAGGCGGCCAUGGUGCUGCCUGGGGUGCAGAUCAAGGAGGAGCCCCUGAGUGAGGAGGGGGAGGACGAGCCCGAAGCGGAGCCCAUAGACACCUCGCCCGCUGCAGGCCUCGGCACCCGGCUGAACAACGGGCUGCCUGCAGGGUGGGCAGCAGGCGGGGACAGCAUCAACGGGCACCUGGCCCCAGGGUGUGCUGGUGGCCCUGUGGCCCAGGAGCUGCGGGCUUUCGUGAAGGCCACCUUCCAGAGCCAUUUUGUGCUCACACUAAGUGAACUCAAGCGCCUCUUCAACCAGCACGUGGCCGGCCUGCCCCGUGGCCACGUGCUCUUCAGCGGCAUCUCGGACCACAUGCUUCAGGACACGGUGCUGGCCGCUGGUUGCAAGCAGAUACUGGUGCCUUUUCCCCGACAGGCUGCUGUCUCCCCCAGUGAGCAGAAGGUGUUCGUCCUCUGGGAGUCUGGAGACAUGAGCGAUCAGCAUCGACAGGUGUUGUUUGAAAUUUUUUCCAAAAAUUACCGAGUACGCCGGAACAUGAUCCAGUCUCGUUUGACUCAGGAGUGUGGCGAGGACCUAAGCAAACAGGACUUGGACAAAGUGCUGAAGGUGACAGCUGCCUUCUCUGUCCACCGCGCAUUUCUCCACCUCCAGGACUGCUGUGUGAGCUAUGGGGGAAUGUGGUACCUGAAAGGCACGGUUCAGUCUUGACAGCAGCAGCACACCGCUGACCCGCGGGCCUGAAGCCGGGCAGGGGCAGCGCGCCGGGAGCGCGAGACCUGAUGGCUUGAGAAGACCCAGAGCAGGAGGGCGGCGCAGCCCGGGGCCUGUGGCCCGCGCGGUCCGGGGUCGAGGGGACCCUCCGCCACGGGUGCGACGCCAGCUCACGUGAGCCGCUCCCGGAGAGACCAGCCGGACCUUCUUUGCAGUACCGUUUGCAGUUCCUGGUGUAUUUUGAUUACUCAUCGGUUUCAUUCUCAUAAUAAAGAGUAUACUGAUGUGGGCAGGAUGAUGAAAAUCAUGGUUUAAUAUUUUCCUUUUUAAACUUAAUGCCAACAAAGUCAAAGUUAUGUUUACAAGACGAAUAAAACCUCAACGGUUCUAAUAUGUAAAAUGCCUAAAAGCCAGUAUUUAGUCUUAGAUGACUUGUUUGCUUAGACUCCUGCCAUUCACUCAACCAAAUUGGAUUGUGUUGCCGUUGGUCUCGGUGGCCGCUUGCAGCAGCCUACUCUGUGUAGCAGUCUCAACUGUUUACAUGAACCAUAGGAAAAAAAUCAGGCAAAUCCAUCUGUUACCGGUUUGCGUAAAGACGUGAGCCAAACCAGGUAAGUAUAGAACAGGAAUAAGUGAGGUUCUCAAACUCGGAUGUACAAAAUUUAUAUUUUGUGUAUUUUUAAAAUAAAUGCUAACACUAAC